GACCACAGAAACUUUCCAAAAACUUAAACGUGUUAUGGUCUCAUAGACAAAGGUAGAGAAACAUAAGAAAGAAGUGCAGACCAGGUUUCGUAAUUUACUGUCAUUACUGGGGUUUGAACUUCCAAACCAUGGAGUGGUAGCCAUUGUUAACAUUAUAAUUAUAAUUACAGUAUUAAAAACCACUACACUCAGCCGAUUAGAGCUCUCUGUGUAUAGAGCUCACUUAUUUAGAAGAGACACCCACAAACUGUGUUUUGUCCCCCCUCCCAUCUAGCAAAUCCUGACUUGCCUGCACACAAAUGCACAACAUAGACAAGCAAACAACAGGUAUCGAUUGAAACUAGACAGUAACGUUAUUUACGUACACAGAGCUGUCUGUAGUAAUUCUUUUUUAUGAUUAACUGAUGUCUCAUUUGUAUUAAUUUGCAUUAAAGACUAGAUUCUUAGAUAUUGUACAUGUUUAAGGUAAGUAUCACUUUCAACAUUGCCUGGCGUCGAUCUAGUAGCAAUGGACGGCCAAAUGGCGUGCUGCAUGGUUCGGCCACUGGGUGGCGUUGUCUUAGUAACAAUUGUGGAAACCAACUCAUACCAGACAUGCAAUACGAGCGUACUGCAUUCAGUGUGGUAGAUGACUGGUCUUUUGGAACAAGAACUAUUGAACAUACCUUUCCAAUUAAUUUGGGACCAAAGUUCUUCUUUGGCAUUGAUCCUACUGGAACUGAUCGGUGCUGUUGGUUGUCUACUCUUGAAAAUGUUCCCGCUUUAUCUGACCUUUCACAACGAGUGUACACUGAAAUUAACCUAGAAGGUCGCCCUGAUGACCCAACACGUAUCAACACUAGCCCAAGCACCACAAUGAUUCCUGUUCUUCCUGCAAGAGCUGGAUGUGAGCAUCGCAUCGUUAUUCCUAACCGUGACGAAGACUCCGACGCUGUCAGAUGUCGUUGGGCCAAUGGUAAACAAACUUUACCUGAUGAUGGAAACGAUGACGAUGGUUUUGAUGAAUGUGGUGGUGUUUGUCACGAUCUUGACAGACCGCCAUUCAAUGCACGACUAGAUGAGACAACUUGUGAGAUAGUAUGGACGCCACCCAAUGAAGGACUCUAUGCAGUUGCUGUUGUUCUUGAAGAUCACAUUGAUGUGGGAGGCACAGCGACAUAUCUGAGUGAAGUUCCAUUGCAGUUUCUAAUUAAAGUUGUCGAAGCUAAACUGCCUUGUAACGAGAAGCCGGAGUUUGUUGGUACACUCCUUCAACCUCACUGCUUUGCUAUAUCUGAGGGUGACACGUUUACUUACAAUGUUACAACUAGACACGUAAAUCUAAAUAACAACGUUGACUUCCUUGUUACAGCCAAGCCACAAGGCAUGAUUGAGUCGACAUUUGAUGAUAUUGGUGGAGGAUUGAAACGGGCAACUUUCACUUGGACACCUGCAUUAGACCAGUAUGGAAAGCCAUUCUUUCUCUGUUUCCUUGCAGUUGAUGAUCAAAAGGGUGCAAGCGAUCAACACUGUAUCACCAUGCUUCCAGGAUUUGAUCCUCCAGAGGUGCUACUUGCAACUCGAUCACCAAAUGGUGGAGUGUUUUCUCCAAGUUUAGGAACUGCGAGUAUAUCUUUCUCAAAACAAGUUCGCAGACCCAACACUCCUCGUUAUAUAACGAUUCAUAAGACAAGUGAUGAUAGUGUCGUAGAGAUGAUCGAUACUUUAACUUCUACAGCUGUUUCUAUCACUUCUGUGGGUAACAUCCACACAGCAAGCUUUACAUUGAGUGGGAAUUAUGUUGGGAAUCAAGAUCAUUACGUAAUUGUAGAACAGGGAGCUUUUGUGGGUGUUGACAAUAACUGUCCAGGUGGUGGACCAGUUACAAGGAAUGGUGUACUGAACAAGGGUGACUGGACCUUCACAACACCACCCUGCGUCAACGAUGGUGAUUGCCAUUCUAAUGCUCGAUGCAUUGGGGCUGCCUGUGUAUGCAAUCUAGGAUUCACUGGAAAUGGACUAACUACGUGCAACGACAUUGAUGAAUGCACCAUACAUAUUCAUGACUGUCAUGAUUUUUCUCUUUGUGCUAACAUCAUUGGAAGCUUUACUUGUACUUGUAGGCCUGGAUAUACUAGAAAUGGUCACGCUUGUGUCCCUAAAUAUAAAUGUCUUUUGAAUACUGAUGACUGCAGUGACAAUGCUGAUUGCUCCGAGACAAUCGAAUCUUUUACUUGUACUUGUAGACUUGGAUUCAGGGGAAAUGGUCGAAACUGUGUUGACAUCGACGAGUGCACCGAAAACACUGACAAUUGUCAUGCUAAUGCAUUCUGUACUAAUACACUUGGAUCGUUUAUAUGCACUUGCAAUUCUGGAUAUACUGGAGAUGGUAUAUCUUGUACAGACAUUGAUGAAUGCGCCAAUCUAAGUCUAAAUAAUUGCCAUAGCACUGCUCUAUGUUUGAAUUUGGAUGGUUCUUUUCAAUGUAUCUGUCCAACGGGAUUUACUGGAGAUCCAAUCAAUGGACCAUGUGUGGGAUGUACAGAUGACAGUCAUUGUCACCCCAGCGGUAUUUGUCGAGUUGUUACUGGUAUCAUACGAGACUGCUUUUGUAGAAUUGGCUUCACUGGUGAUGGCAACAAUGAUUGUUACGACAUAAAUGAGUGUGUUGAUCCCAGUACAAAUAACUGUCACAAACGUGCUAAUUGUAUAAACUUGGAGGGUUCAUUUCGAUGCGAAUGUACAGCAAAUUUCAGUGGUGAUGGAGUUAAUUCAUGUGUUGAUGUGAGUGACUGUACCAAGAACUGGCCUGUGCAGAGAGACCGCUGGAUGAAUAAUGAAGGUGACUGGAGGGACACAACUAAGAAUUGUGAAAGCCUCGGAAAUAAUCUGCCCAAUCCUGUUGUAAGUGCGAAUGAUCCUCCUAUCAAGCAGUGGGAAGAUAUCGUCAGUACAUAUAUCUAUGAAGUGAAUGCAUGGCUAGAGGAUGCUUCGAGCUUGAAUCUUGACGGCAUUCCUCCAUCUGUCAAUUUCGACCAGACUGAUCCAGAAGAACUUUGGAACACACUGAAAGAAUUUGUAUAUCGUAUGAUUGACCUGUGGUAUGAACAAAUUGGCAAACCCAAUGGUCUGCCUAAGCCUCUGCCACUUGGUCGGUGUGACGACAUGCAAGUGCAGGAUUGGUUUCGAUCUAGGGCUGCCAGCAACCAAGCCGAAGCAGAUUUCAAAUCUGCUUUUGGAGAUCGAUGUGAUGCUCGCUAAAAUCAUAUGCAUCGCAACCCCGGACUUGUCUUUUAUCUGCUGUAGUUUGUUUUGAAUGGUGUGUCCGGGGCUGAAUAAUUUUGAAUGUUUUUGCUAGACUUGUCCUAUUAUGAUUGUGUCAAGAGUGACGAAAAUAAUUGGUCGUUUUCCUUUACUUACUAUAUGAAUUAACUCCUAAGUCUCGAUCGGUCGUUUCAUGUAAUUGCUAUUUUCAGUUGGUUGGCAUGUCUAAACUUACCUAGUAUAAUAAUAUUCAGUUACAAAUGCCAUACUGUGUACAGUAAGACCUCACAAAAUACUCAGUAUCUGUCCUCUUCCCUUG